AAAAAUACGGAAAAACAAAACGGUCUCUUCCAAUUAUGUAGGGGAAGUUUUUGAAAACUGUUUUGACAAGCGACCCGAAUGUUGAUAACUAGAAAUAUAUGCAAGCAGACGGAAACAUUUGAUGACUCAAAGUGAAUUGGAGCAAUGGAGAUAACCCCCAAAGCAGACAAACUACCAUGUUCGCUUUCAUCGCCUUGUUAUUCAGUCGAGUCAAGCCCCUCUGAAUUCAAAGAAUAUAAACAUCGCUCUGGGCUGAGCGCCUCACUAAGGGAGAGGCUGAAGAGAACACGGCGCUCCUUCAUCUCACCCCUUUCUGUGGCCAAACGCCUUUGUGUUGACAACGAAGAAGAAGAGGAGGACAGCAAGCAAGUUUCUGCAGACACCUCAGAGAUCCACAGCGAGGAUGCACACAGGACUAAAACCAUGCUGGGCAGUGAGGGGCAGUCUGCGCCUCCUCAACCAACACAGAUCUCCUCAGAAGAUUUAGCUCUGCAGCUAAGGAAGGAGGUGAAAGAGAAAACUGAGACUCUGCGUCGGCUAAAGAUGGUCAAAAUGUACAGAAGCAAGAAUGAUUUGAUGCAGCUCCAAACCUUGAUUGACAAGUGGCGGAGUUGUGCUCAGGCUGCUCUGUAUGAGCUCCAGUCAGAGAUCCCCAUAGAGGGAAGAAAAGCUGAACUCUCUGAGCUCGUUGACCUCUUCGGUCUGGAUGACAGCAUUCUGCGCUUUGACCGUGCAGAGGGGGAUUUCACUACUUAAUACCUGAAGCAGUAUCUUAAGUUUAACAGACACCACAAAGGAGUUAACACAGUUAACUGUAUUUAUUUCCAGUUCUUGUUCACAGCAGGGGUAACAACAUUAACAUACUGUGGCAAAAUGUACUGCGUUAAAAAAAAACAAUACAUUUACUUUAAAGAUUGUGUGUAAGACACUAUAAAGAUCUAAUCUAUCUUUUUACAUCUUAACAUUUUAUGCCCGUUUGCAACAAAGUAAACAAAUAAAACUGUUCAUGAGUUGAACUGCAACUAGUCGAAUGCGGGAAGUUAUUUUCUUCCUAGAUGCUGUUGAUCUCUCUGGAGUCGUUUCAGCUCCUCUGAAUGAGCGCUUGCACGCCUCUCCUAUAUGGCCUUCUUACGGAUUUCUUGAAAGCGAUCCUCUCUUUUUGCGUCUUCAUCUUCUGUUUCAGCUAAAAUGCCAAAAGAGCUUGGUUUAAAAACUACAUUUAGAAAAAAAACAAUCCCCUCCGCAUAGAAAAUAACUGGUGCAAUUCAGAGAGUAAACUAAUACAAGUUUGUAUUUCAGGCCACUUUAUUCAAAGAUUGAAAACUAUUCAUUUAAAAAAAGUUACUUAGAUUGAUGCAUUUCAUUUUUUUAAGCCUGACUACCUGAGGAUUAUGACUUGUAGCCAAUAAUAAACUGCCAUUCUGGAAAUGAUUUUCUGUUACAUAGGAGCAGUAAAUACAUAUUUAAUACAGACAUGACAUAGUAUUUCUGUUAAGAAAAUACACAACUGUGAGUUUUUUCUGGACAUGGUUAUUGACACACAACAUACAA